AUGAAAGAUGGUAUAAAACGAGGAUCCGCUAUAAAGCUUAAUAAGCAAGCUAGGAUAUUUAAGGAACGGGUGAAAGUUAUUUCUCAAGAAGGACAAAAUAGAAAUAUUUCUGAUUCUUUCUAUGCAACGUAUAGUCUAUUUAAUGAUCUGAACACUUCGCAAGAGUUUAUACAAGUCAAUGGGAAAAAAGUUCGUAAACCUUUAGAUGAUAUUUUUAAUAAUAUCUCGUUACAAAAUGAUAGAUUCAUAGACAUUUUAGAAGGUUUAAAGAUUGCAAUUCGUGACUUCGACCAAAGUAUAAUAGUGCUAGAUUCUUCUCGCUUAUAUAAAAGUUCAAACCACAUGUAUGUAAAUUCUGAGCAUUAUCUUAAAGUUCCUAGUGAGAGCAUCUAUGAUGCUAAAAUAUACUGA